AUGGCGAUUCGUCAUGUUAAGGUUCUCGAUAAUUUGGGCAGCCUUCCAUACGCCCUCGCACGUCCCAUCCUCCUCAAAGUCGACAACCCUCAGAAGCUUCAUGCCCUCGAACUCGCAUCCCCCCAGUUCGCUGAACACGACAAAGAGCUAUGGAUCGAGUUCAUCAAGCGCGACAUCCCAAGUUGGGACCAGUACGAACUGCCUGAGGAAUCCAACGAUUGGUAUCAGGUGUACUGCGACCUCGGUGCACAGGUCGAGCGAUCUCUCGAGGCCGAUGCCGAGAGAAUGAAGAUGGCCCUCGACGGAAUUUCCAACCAGCGCGCCCGUCUCACCCCCAAGAUUCUCGACCAAGGCAAGAGCGCACGCAUGGCCGGAGCACGACCCACCACCAAACAACGCUAUGCCUCCUGGGACCGCAAGAUGGGCGGCGUUGAGACUGUCUACGAACCCAACCCAAAGACACCCAUGGCCGGCUGGGUCUUCAAUGUUCCAAGACUUCCCCGAGAAGGUUUCCCCAAGAAAAAGGGCAUCUUUGCGCCACAGAAGCGCAACAACGCGCUAUCCAUCCCCAGCAACAAGCUUAAUAAUCGGGCUUCGCAAGUCACCCGUGCCCCCCAAUCCCUGGUCGAAGAGCACCGCCGCCCCGAGCAUGCACCAGCAUCAAAGAUGAAGACCAACCCUGCCAUGAUCGGGUCCCGCCAACCUUCCGCUGCGACCAUUAAGCACCCCUUGCUCCCAGUCAGAGAAGACCGACUGCGGGGAGAGGACCGACUGCGGGUCUUGACUUCAGGAAAGCCAAUUCCGUCGUCCGCUGUCAAGAAGGCUCCCGCGACGAAGCCUGAUCUCAAGCGGCCUGCCUCUCCUCCUCAGUCUGUCGGCAAGGCACCCGCCCCAUCUCAGGGAUCUCCCCCUUCCUCCCGCCCGUCGUCAUCCGGACCUCCUGCUCUCCGUCAGGGCAUCAUUCGUCGACGCCAAGAGCCGAGCAUCUUCAUGCCGGCGAAGCGAAAGCGGGUGUCAUGA